UUAUAACGGAGAUUAGCUAAUAUGCCACCACGGAAGUCCAUCCCUGCCUCCCAAAAAGCCUCCCCUGCGAGCCCGAAAGCGCCUCUAUCCAAAUACAAGCCAAAAAGACCUUUGCAACUGGUUCCAAGCUGAAUACAAUCAUACCCUCUCAUCUGGUCUCAUCUCCGAUAUCCUCUCCAGCAAAUAUAACCACCUUGAUGAUGAUCUAACACCCCACCGAAAUUUAAAGCGCCAACACCGUGAGAACUGGCCAGAGUUGGAGAAUGCCUUAUACGAUUGGAUAGUACAUGUGGAGGGACAAAUAUCUAUAUCUGCAGAGAUUGUACGGUGCAAGGCAGAGCAAUUCUGGGACACAAUGUAUCCUAGCAUGGAGAAGCCUACAUUCAGUAAUGGCUGGCUUCAUCGGUUCCAAGCCCGGAGGACUGUCAAAUGGCAUGAGCAGCAUGGAGAAGCCGGAGGUGUCCCAAAGCAGGCAGAGCAGGAGAUGGUUACUAUUAGACAGGCUCUGAGUGCUUAUAGCCUUAGGGACCAGUUUAAUUGUGAUGAAACAGCACUUUUUUGGAAGCAGACCCCAUCCCGAAGCCUCUCAACUCGACAGCUUCCUGGCUGGAAAAAGGAAAAAGCAAGAAUCUCUGCUCUAUUCUGCUGCAAUGCAGAUGGCUCUGAGAAACUAGAUCCUUGGUUUAUUGGAACUGCAAAGAAUCCACAUGCUUUUAGAGCUGCUGGCAUCAAUAUUCGGAAUUUCAAUCUAGUCUGGCGGAGCAAUCAAAAGGCCUGGAUGACUACCCAAAUCUUUGUUGAGUUUCUUCAUUGGUUUGAUAGGAAAAUGACCGGACGAAAGGUUGCUCUUCUUAUGGAUAACUUCUCUGCUCAUCAGGCGGCAGCAGCUAUCCUAACAGGUGAAAAUCCACUUCAAAAUACUCUAAUUAUCUGGCUUCCUGCAAAUUCAACAAGCCGAUAUCUGCCUCUUGAUCAAGGAAUCAUCAAUUGUUGGAAAGCACCCUGGAAGCGGUACUGGAUCAAAUAUAUCCUAUAUGAAUUCGAAGCCAAUCGGAACCCCGUUGAUACAAUGAAUGUUUUAAAAGCCAUCCGAUGGGGCUUACGAAGCUGGGAGAAUGAUGUCUCUGGGCACACUAUCCAAGACUGCUUUCAAAAGGCUCUUGAUGGUCAAAUACAUUAUCAAGAGCCCGUGGAUCCUGCAGUGAUGAAUGAUAUCCAAGCUUCCUUUUCUCAGCUUCAGAUUUCUACGCCAAUCCAAGAUCUGAUGGAUAUACAUGCUUUCUUGAAUCCCAAAGAGGAGUCUGUCCAGAACAGUCUGGAUGAUGUCGACAACCAGAUUCUGGCUCAAUUUAUGCCUGAGAUUGAGGAGGAUUCUGAUGAAGAGAUUGAGAUUUUACCAAAAGUAUCUGCAGAGGAAGCAUUCGCAGCCAUUCAAAAGCUCCGUUUGUAUGAAGAACAGCAGAUGGAAGGGAACCCUGCCUUUAUUCGUGAGAUGGAGAGACAUGAGCGUGUUAUAUGGCGCCGGAAGUUGGAUUUGCAGAACCAGCGUGAUAUUAGAAGCUAUUUUUCAUGUUAGUAGGCAUUUUAUGAUAUAUAUACCGCCAUAGAGGCU